UUCAAAUAAAAACGUCACAAUUAUUUACAAUAUUAUUUUUUUCAUAGAUAGACGAAAAGACAAAACUUGAAAACUUACGUACAAGACAGGAGUUCGAGAUUCGAUCAUGAGAUCCCAAUUAACAAUUUCAACAUUUUAUAAGAAAAAGGUGAAUGAAAUAAAUAAAAAAUGACAAUUGGUAAAUGAAUAAACUUAAUAAAAAAGGAAAAGAAAAAUAGUGUGCGAAGAAGUUGGGAUGGGAGAGAGUAAAAGUAGGAGCUAGCAGCCAGCAGCUGAACACCAUAUUGAGUGAAGCGCAGCCCCUCACAAACAAAUCUCCAUUCUCUCCCAUUCCCAAUCUCAGCCGUUCAUUCUCCGAUCCAUGUCCUCCAAAAUCAACGGUCAGAUUUCCCCACAGCCAUGUCCCCACUUGGCCGAGUUCCGCCGCACUUCCUCCAAACCAUUCCUCUCCCUCCACAACUGCCUCCGCAUCAAACCUCCCGGCGGCCGUGCCUCUCUCCGCCGCGAUCCUCACGAAAUUCCUCACUGCACCGCCUGUGGUCUCUCCGCUCCUUCCCGCCUCUACGCUUGCAUCUCUUGCACCGCCGUCUCAUGCCACUCCACUGCCACCGGCGUCAUUUCACACGCCGCCGCACAUGCCGCCUCAAUGUCUCCCGGUCAUCAGAUCGCAAUCGACGUCGACCGCGCCGAACUCUUCUGCUGUGCCUGCCGCGAUCAAGUAUACGAUCGCGACUUCGACGCUGCAGUAGUGAUCGCACAGACAGUCGCAUCCACUCUCGGCAGCGGCGGAGAAUCAAAACUGAUCCCUACGCCGCAUCCGGAGAAUCUCAGAAAGCGCCGCAGAGUAGAUUAUCGUCCUUCAACUCCGGAUCUACGCGAGCGUUCUUUGAUCGGAAGCUGUUCUGCUCCGAUCGACGGUUCCGGUCGUUCUCCAGAUUUUCCACGGGGAUUGCGGGGACUGAACAAUCUCGGAAACACUUGUUUCAUGAAUUCAGUGUUGCAGGCGUUGCUUCACACGCCACCGUUGAGGAAUUACUUCCUGAGUGAUAAGCAUAAUCGGUACUUUUGCCAGAAAAUGAACAAUGCCGACGGUGAUGAUUCUGUCAUAGCAACAAGGAAGAAAAAUGGAGCUAACAAUGGGAAUAAGAAUGGGCGAAUAUGCUUAGCUUGCGAUAUGGAUGCUAUGUUCUCUGCUGUUUUUUCUGGAGAUCGUCUUCCCUAUAGCCCCGCAAAGUUUUUAUAUAGUUGGUGGCAACAUGCCGCCAAGUCCACCCUUGCAAGUUAUGAACAACAGGAUGCGCAUGAAUUUUUCAUUUCAAUGCUGGAUGGAAUUCAUGAAAAGGUGGACAAGGAUCAGCGUAAGCCGCAUAGUGAAGGCAGCGGUGAUUGUUGUAUUGCUCAUAGGGUGUUCUCUGGUAUUUUGCGAUCAGAUGUUAUGUGUAUGGCCUGUGGUUACACAUCAACAACUUAUGAUCCAUGCAUAGACAUCUCACUUGACUUGGAACCAAAUCAAGGUGGCCCUACUAAGAUUGCUGCUGCAGCUUCCAAUCAUUCUUGCAAUGGUGAGGCUGAUUCCAGCCAAAAUUGUGGGAUAUCUACCUUGACGGGGUGCCUAGAUAGAUUCACAAGAGCAGAAAAAUUAGGGUCAAACCAAAAAUUCUUCUGUCAGCAGUGUCAGGUGAAGCAGGAAACUCUCAAGCAGAUGUCCAUAAGGAAGCUUCCCCUUGUUUCUUGCUUCCAUAUAAAAAGAUUUGAGCACUCUUCAUCGAAAAAAAUGUUAAGGAAGGUGGACCGUUAUCUGCAGUUCCCAUUUUCACUGGACAUGUCACCUUAUCUCUCAUCCUCUAUCUUAAGGAGUCGGUUUGGUAACAGAAUAUUUCCUUUUGAUGGGGAUGAACCUGAUGCUUCAAACGAUCUUUGUUCAGAGUUUGAAUUGUUUGCCGUGGUCACUCACUCUGGUAAGCUAGAUGCUGGCCAUUAUGUGACCUAUUUGCGAUUAAGCGAUCAAUGGUACAAGUGUGAUGAUUCUUGGGUUACCCAAGUUGAUGAAAACACUGUGAGGGCUGCUCAGGGUUACAUGAUGUUCUAUGUACAGAAAAUGCUUUACUAUAAAGCAACUGAUAAACUGGUUGCCUCAUGAUUGUCACAAGCGAUGGUCCAAAUCAUUGGUAAAUGGUACUAUGUCAUGGUCAAUAUCAAUUUUUGUCCUAAUGAUAUGCCAUGACUAUUCCAUUCAUACACAAGAAAAUUAAAAAAACAAUGAAAAAUAUAAUUUAUUUGUAUCACUGUUUGCAAUUGUGUAUCAUUUUUUUAGGAGACGAGAGUUAAUACUGGAGCUAGAAACAAGCCAGUAUUAAUUAAUUUAUUUGUAACACAGUUUGCAAAUAAGUAUAAUUAAUUUAUCUGUA